AUGAAUAUAUGGACUAAAUGUUCCGGUCCCCAUGAAAUUGAGUCUUAUCAAUAUUUGCCUUCUUACCAUAGUCAAUGUAAAAGCUUGUUAUCGGCGUUCACUAAGAUUCCCCAUUAUGAAGAACAUAUCGUUGUUCAAAAUCUGCCUUUUUCAGUUGAUCCUAUUCUAUUGGAAUCAGAUUAUCAGCUUGUUUUACCACCAUUAGUUGCUGAUAAAUGCACGGUAUCACAACAAAAGUGUGAUUUCACAAACAUACUACAACGUGUAACCUCUCGUCGAAAAGAAAAACAUAAGGACCGGUUGAGACAAUGGCAUGAAAAGCUUUCGGAAAUUAGCCAGGAUAUUGAAAGCCAAGUAAAAGAAUGUUGUGAAACUACUGCUGACUUAUUAAAUACUAGCUGGGAAAGACAAAAUCAAAUAUUAAAUGCAAAUCAAUCUGAUGAACAUUUAUUGAACUUGGAAAUAUCUGAUUUAGACUGUAAAUGGAAUCAAGUUGAUCAUGAAUAUAUUCAACGUAGAAAUGAAAUUAAUCAUUUAGAAAAUCAAUUAUAUUCAAUUGAAAAUAAACGGAUUAAUCAAGUAAAACAGGAAUUUCAUGAAUUGACAGAUUAUUUAAGUAAAUAUUCACAUUUAACACCAAAUGAAUUACAAAUUGUAUUACAGAAAGAAAUAUUUACAAUUGAUAUUGAAUUAUUGGAAAAUCGUCGUGAAUUAGCUAAUCUAAUUAAAAAUCUUCAUCUUGCUGAAUUAAUGCAUCAUCGUUUUACUAAUCUUACAUGGUCUGAACAACGUAAUCGUUGGCAAAUCAUAAAUAUCAAUAAAGCUGUACAUAAUUUUCGAAUUUGUCUUAAUGAUGAGAAAUUCCGGUAUCCUAAUGAUGUCAAAAUAAAGAUAAAUGAUUUAACAACAAACAUAACUGAAUUUGAAAAGCGAAAAGAUAAUCUGAUCAAUGAAUUAUGUGAAAAUUUGGUACCAUCAAAUAAUAUGGAAGAAUUUCUAGAAAAUUGGGAUAUUAAAAUUAAACAGUUAUUUACUGAAUGGGAUGAAAUGAAUCAAAACGCUUUGAAUUCCAUAUACAAAGCUUAUGAAGAUAAUUCACAACAAUGUAUCGAUCAAAUCCAACAGAUGAAAAAUCAAUUGUUACAUCGUAAAUUGAUCAACUCAAUGGAUGAAAUUGAAAAUUUAAUUAAAGAAAAUUGUAUCACCAUUUUAGGUGAAUUACAAAGUCAAUUUGAAAAUAAUUUAAAUUAUCUUGAUCAUUGUUUCUCAUGGUGUUUAUCUAUAUGGUUAAAUGAAUGUAUUCCAUCAUUAUUAAAAUUUAGUCAAAUCCUAAUUCAAUUAUGGCAAUUCUAUGCUCAUCUACCUAUUGUUCAUUUAAAAAAUGAAUUAAAUUUUAAUUUACUUAAUAUAAAACAAGUAGUAUAUGAUGAAAUUUUAAAAAAAGAUGAAUUGAUUAAUUCAUUAAUUGAUUUAUUAAGACAAAGUUCAACAGAACAAAUAAUUAAUGAAAAAUUACAAGAAGUAAUUAAUUUAUUCAAUGAAAUUAGUGUAAAUUACAAAUCACUAUAUGAUAAACAAUUACAAUUUAUAGAUACAUAUGUAAAACAAAUAACCACGGUUAUCGAUUUAUGCGAAACUGCUAUUUGCCGAUUUUUCGGUGUAACCCAUUGUACAAAACAACAAUCUUUACAUUUGGAAAAAAAAAUAAAUCGUCAAACACCAAUCAAUAACAUAGUUACACUUGGAUUUGAAAAAUAUAUUUGUAUACAACAACCACAACCACCAUCACCAUUACCACCACAGCAACAACCAUCACCAUCACCACCACCACCACAACAACAACAACAACAACAAUUCGAUGGAAAUAUUUCUAAAUUCAAUCAUAUUUUCUAUUAUAUAAAACAUCAUGAUAUUUCUAUAGAUGAUUUAAUUAAAUUUUUACAAUCAGAAAUGAAAUCUAAUUCUACAUUGAAUAUAUUUAUUGAUUAUUUAAUUAAAAAUAUUCAAUUAACCGGUAUUAUCACUGGUAAUGAAAUGAAUUAUUUGAAUGAAAUCAAUAAUAAUUUAUCAAUUAAAUUCAUUAAAAAAUCAAUAAAAUCAGAGAAUACAAAAACUAAUGAUACUCAAUUAUUGAUUAUCAAUAAUAAUAAUAAUAAUAAUAAUAAUGAAAAUAAACCAAUUACUGUAAAUAAUUAUGUAACCGAUUAUAUUCAACCAAUUAAAAUUGAAAAAUGUUUAAAUCUAAUCAAACAUGUUAAAACAAUCGUUCGUAUAAAAAUAUUAGAAUAUUUGGAACAAUGGAAGAAUACAACCAUAUUAGCCGUAAAAGAGGAAGUUAUAGUUAGAAAAACUGAAAUAGACGAUGAAUAUCAACUGCAACUCAAACUGCAUGAACCACGUAUUCGUCGGGUGAAGGAAGAUGUAGCAAAUGUAAGAUUAACUGAAUUAGUUUUUCAUCAAACACGUAUUGAACGACAUAUAACCUCAGUGAAUUUAAUAUUGAAUGAAAUGAAAAUUAAUUCAACAAAAAGUUUAAUUGAAACAAUAAAUAAAUCUGAAGAACAAAUGAAUGAAGCAAUUCAACAAUCGAUUGAUUCAACCAUUAGUAAAGCAACAAAAUCAUCAACAUUAUUAUUAUUAAGAAAACGUAUAGAAAGCUUCGCUGAAUCUCAUACUCAAUGUGUACGUCAUGCAUUGAAAGAGUUUCGUCAAAAUUUUGAAAAUCAAAUACAAACUUUAAACAAUUCCAAUUUAAAAUUGAUUGAAUCAUUAGAACUUUUUAUUGAUGGAGGCAAUUUUUCAACUAUUGAAGCCAAAAAAUACACAAUCACAUUAAAUCAAUUAAGUAGAACAAUUCAAUUAUUUGAAGAGGAAAUUAUUGGUCAUAUAGAAUCCAUUGAAAAAGAACGUCAAUUAAUAACCGAUAAUAAAUUGAAACAAUUUGACACUUAUUUAAAACCAUAUUUAGCUGAUGUUAUUUAUAUGGAGAAUAUGAUACGUUGUAUAACCAAUACACAAGUACAAAUCAAAGCACAAACUGAAGAUAGUUCAAGUCAAUCAAAAUUAUUAAUCGGUCAAAUUGAACAAUUUCAAUGUUUAUUAAAAUCGCUUAAUGAAACAAAUCAAAUUCUAUCAAAUACAUUAUUGAAUAUAACAUUAGCUACUACUACCAAUACUACUACUACUAAUACUAAUAAUAAUAAUAAUAAUAAUACAUUACAACAAUUAAAUAUGGAGGAGAGAAUCAUGCAAAAAGAUUUAAGUAAUAAAGCAAUUGAAUUACUGACUAGAAUUUGUAUCAAUGCAUCAGAUCGUUGUGUAUUUUUAAAUUGUCUACGUAGUCAAUAUGUCAAUGAGGAUUAUGUUGCAACAACUGAUCCAAAUGAAUUAUCCUAUGAGAAUAUAAUUGGAAAUAAUAAAGAUAAUUUAACAUUGAAUAAAACAAAACUACAAUCGGUAUCACAAAAUCCUUCCAUAAAUAUUCAUUCCAUUAAAACUGAACAAAUCAAACAACCAACUAAUCAAUCAUCAUCAUUAUUAUUAACUAAUAUGAAUAUACAAAAUGCAUUACAAAUUAGUCGACCAGGACGAUUAUUCACUGAUGAUUCAUGUAUUCAACUUGUACAAAAUAUAUUCAAUGAACACAAUUCAAUUGAUGAGAAUAAUACGGAGAAAAUGAAAAAUAUUACACCAAAUCAAUUGAUUGACAAUACGUCUAAACGUAAUGAUGAUAAAUCAUAUGAAUCGACUAAUUUGAAUAAUAAUAACAACAAUAAACAAGUAUUAUUGGAUGAUAAUCAAAAAUUAGAAACACUCCCAGUUAAUACAUCAAUAAAAAGUCAUCGAGGUAAACGUGAGAUGAAUAGUUCAACCACAAAUGGAAUUGUACCUAAAACUAAUAGACGGAAGAAAAAUAUACCACAUGCAACUACAAAUAAGACAGUUGUAAAACAUAAUCGACCUCAAGCAUAUUAUGAUGUAUUCGGUAAAGAUGUAACAUCUUUAGGAGAUUCUGCUGAAAUUUCUAAUUCAAAUAUGAAACAAAUCAAUAUUGAACAAGUAACAUAUGUUGGUCGUAUUCAAAAAAUAUGUCGUGAAAAUCUUCAUAAUGCAUUACAUUUAUCUGAAAAUUAUUAUCGACAAAAAGGUAUUCGACAGCCAACACAUCCAGAUUUUAUCAAGUCCACAUUUGAUGAUGCUGCUAAUACUAUUGUUACAAAUUUAAAAACACUAUUCACUGAAGCAGAAUUAUAUCGUAAUUCAUGCGUAAAAGAAUUUUCUGAACAAUUGGAUAACAUUGAACAAUUAGCAAGUCAAUUACCAUGUUUAUUAUUUGAACAAAUAGUUAAUGAAAUUAAAUUGUAUAUAUUACAAGAGAUGAAUAUCCAUCAGAAUAGAAUACAAUUUGAUUUAAAUCAAUUAAAUGAAUUACGUAUGAAAUAUAAUAAUCAACUUCGAUUAGAAUUAUGUAAUUUAAAAAAUCAAUAUCAAUUAAUGAUUUUAUUAAAACAAGAAAAUGAACGUCAAUUAAAUUUUAUUAAAUUAUUAAAUAAAUUAAAAACAAUUAAAUUACAAAUUAUUCAUAAAGGUAGACAAUUAUUUAAUCAACGUUUAUCUUAUUUAACCGAUUAUUUAUUUAUUCGAUUAGAUAGUUUAAUUGGAUCAGAUCAAAUUGAUCAUUCAGACAAUAAUCAUGAUUCUACUAAACCAAAGAAAUUAAUGAUUCAUAUAUUAGAUAAAUCAUUAACUCAUUUAAAUGAUAAUCAAAUAUCUACAAAUGCUAAAGAAGAUCUAGAUCGUGGUAAACGAACAUGGGAAGGUGUCAAAUUCUCUGAACUUAUGAUACAAACAAAUGAUCAUUUGGAAUCAAUGAACAAUUUAACAAAAUUCAAUUUAAACAAACCAUUAAAACAAGAAAAACAAUCCAUGUUAAAAAGUUCACGUAACACUUUCAAUAAUAAUUCUACAGAAUUACAUAAUACUAAUCAAGAUGAUAAUUAUUGUAUAGUUAGUGCUAAAACUACAAAAGCUCAUAUGUCCACAUUAAAAUAUCGUGAUAUUGCUGUUGUGGAGUUUCGUUUAUUUACUCAAAAUUUAUUAGAAUUAAUAGAAAUGGAAUUUAUUCAUUCAAUGAAAGAUAAUGAUAAACAUAAACAACAAUGGAUAGAAAGUGUAAAUCUUUUUAAUAAAACUUAA